GUCAUUGUGUGCGCUUUUGAUAUGAGUUUCACUAAUAAUCACGACUGCAGAAACUACUCAGAUAAUAAAUCUUGGACACAGUAUUGCAGGUAUGGCAAAGACGUCUUUAAACCCAAUGGCUGUAAAACAUGGAACGAAAUACCAAGAUGGAAAGAGUGCUACUGUAGGGACACUGAACCAAUGCAGUGGUACGCUACGAUAGACCCAAGAUAUUUUGAAAAGACUACAAUGAUAAUCCGAGCUAUUUAUGAUGGAUCGAUGUGGGGAUACCAAAGAAGGUUUCCAUUUCAGACUCACGACACGAUAUAUAUCAAGGAUCUUAUUGAUCGUGGACACAUUGUUUUGGAUUGGGAGAGAUCUACUAACAGAUCCAAAGCCUGGGCGUCGGAUCUUCUUCUGCAGUUGACCUUAGUGGUUCUGGCCCUCGGUAUCGUGGAUUUCUUCAAGUCUUAGACUGAGAUUCUGCUGACGGAUGUCCAGUAGGGUGUGGCCAGGAUUAAUAUCUGAACCAGGCAACUCUAUACACGCAUCAAAUAGAAUAGGAACAAUUUCUUGUUCAAAUAAAGCAUAUGUUAUUU